GACCUCAUGGUGACAGACAAACGGGAUUAAACACUGCCAGUCGCUGCAGCAGCAGCAGACCAAGGACUACGAGUUACAGCUACUGCUAAAAAACAGUUUCAAGUUUAAAAAAAAUACUUCAACCUCUUGAUACUUCUGUUACAUAACUAAAGAGAUUUGCUGAGAGUGGCCUGUCUUGUCUGACCUCUGGUGGAUUUUGGAGAAAAACCAGCAACACAAGGCUCUGCACGACAGCUGCUGUCAGUCAUGGCGGGUGAUAUGGCUUUGCUGAUGCGAGGCUUGGCUAAGUUGAGCCAGGCCGUGGCGGAGACGCAGAGCAACACCCUGCGCUCGGGGACAGGAGUCCAAGGAGUCGGUGCCGCUGUCCAAAGCGUCCAAGCAGUUGCAGAGCAAGGUCUGUCUGCAGCUAUGAUGAAAAUGCAGGAGUUAUCCGGUCAGCAGCAAACGCCCUCGUCAGAGUCGGAGUUUGAUUUCCCUCAGGAUGACGUUGCAUUCACAGCCUCAGAGUUCAAGGAGGAAGGUGUGGACUUCCCAGAUGAAGAGUUGAACAGCAGGGCUGAAGGAGCCGCAGGAGACGGCCACGCGAAAGGGAAACACUCGGUGUUUGAGGGAUACAAGGAUCCGAGCAAACAGUUCAGCAGUCCCACCAGGUCAUACCACCGAGAUGCCAGACAUUUCCUCGGGCAACAUCAACUCUACAGCCACAGCGUGAGCAGACACAUGUGGCAAGAGGUUUACUGUCAACACCCUGGGAGUCAGCUCAGGAGCUACCACCAGGACCCCUCCUCACUCGGUGGGCUGACGGCCGAAGACAUCAGCAAAACCAGGCAGAGCAAGCGGAGUGACACAAAACCCCACAAACAGAUGCUAAGUGAGAGAGCCAGAGAGAGGAAGGUGCCCGUGACCCGGCUUAGCAGACUGGCUAACUUUGGAGGUUUAGCUGUAGGUUUGGGGAUUGGAGCCCUGGCAGAAGUGGCUAAGAAGUCGAUCGGCUUCAAUGGUGCUGCAGGUGAAAGCAAGAAAUCAGUUCUGGACUCCAGCCCUUUCCUGUCGGAGGCCAACGCUGAGCGCAUCGUCAGAACUCUGUGCAAAGUCAGAGGAGCUGCUCUGAAGCUGGGACAGAUGCUCAGCAUUCAAGAUGACGCAUUCAUCAACCCCCAGCUCGCCAAGAUUUUUGAGCGCGUCAGGCAGAGUGCUGAUUUCAUGCCGAUAAAGCAAAUGACGAAAGCACUGAACAGCGACUUGGGCCCCAACUGGAGAAACAAGCUGGAGUCUUUCGAGGAACGUCCGUUUGCAGCCGCCUCCAUCGGACAAGUUCACCUGGCGAAGAUGAAGGACGGCAGGGAGGUGGCCAUGAAAAUACAGUAUCCUGGAGUGGCUCAGAGCAUCAACAGUGACGUCAACAACCUGAUGACGGUGCUGAAUAUGAGCAACGCCCUCCCUGAAGGUCUGUUUCCAGAGCAUCUGAUAGAUGUAAUGAGGAAAGAGCUCGCACUGGAGUGUGACUACAUUAGAGAGGCCCAGUGUGCUAAGAAGUUCAGGGAGCUACUGAAGGACGAUCCAUUCUUCUACGUGCCAGAGGUGAUUGAGGAGUUGAGCGGCAGCCACGUCCUGACUACUGAGCUGGUUCCUGGAUUCCCUCUGGACCAGGCCGAGACGCUCUCGGAGGAGCUGAAGAAUGAGAUCUGCCACAACAUCUUGUUGUUGUGCCUCAGAGAACUGUUUGAGUUCAGGUACAUGCAGACCGAUCCGAACUGGUCCAACUUCUUCUACGAUCCUCAGACACACAAGGUGGCGCUGUUGGACUUCGGAGCCACAAGAGGAUUUGAUCAAAGUUUCACCGACGUCUACAUAGAGGUAAUCCGCUCAGCUGCUGAGGGUGACGCGGAGGGGGUGCUGAAGAAAUCUAUUGAGAUGAAGUUCUUGACGGGGUACGAGUCCAAGGCAAUGGUUAAUGCCCACGUGGACGCCGUGAUGAUCCUCGGCGAGGCCUUCGCCUCCGUGGAGCCCUUCGACUUCGGUUCCCAGUCCACCACGGAAAGGAUCCACAACCUCAUCCCGGUGAUGCUCAAACACCGGCUCACGCCCCCUCCAGAGGAGACGUACUCACUCCACCGCAAGAUGGGCGGCUCCUUCCUCAUCUGCUCCCGGCUGGGCGCAAAGCUGGGGUGUAAGGACAUGUUUCAGGCGACGUAUCGGAAGUACUGGGAAGGCCGCACGCCCCCUCCUUCCUCAGCCUAAGCCGAACAGCGUCCGGCGGUUUUAGACAGACUUGUCCCGGGGCCAACAGCGAAACGCCCACCGAUGCUGAUGGUCGGGUUGGAAGACGCGGAAUCGCUGGAUGGGAGCCACCUGCAAAGAUUCAAGGAUCAUCAUCGUUGGCGUCCCACUAAAAGGCUCUCAGAAAUCGGUAUACAUAUUCAAAGGAAUAUUUUUUUCUCUAUUUUUCUUUGUUUUUUUUUCUUCUACGAGGGGGCAGCAUCAUGUCGUCUGCAGCGUCUGAGGCUAAAACACCUAUGCAUGUACGUACGGCCCAGGAAGAAAAAGGAAACGGGUUGGAAAUGUAUCUCUUUUCUGAUAAUUUCAACAUAAUUAUAGCACUCUUUGAAUUUUGCAUUGCUGUGUUUUGUUGGAACUUACAGUUAAUCUACUCACUUUGCCGUUUUACUGUAAGCGUCAUUAGUGGUGAAUUUACAACACUUGAUUGUAUUAAGAAAGAGACCUGAACUCAAACUAAAGCAUAAAAAAAAGUCCCAGAAGAGUCAGCUAAUGAUGGAGUUUGUGGGCAGUACGAGUCUCAGUGCUGACCAGGACCAAUGUCUCUGCAUCACUGAUGUGUCUGUUUCUAGUACGGAUGUUUGGAUUUUGAACCAGAAGGCUGACGAGAGUAAAUAGUUGAGUGUAAAUUCAGUGUUUAAGGUCAAUAUAUCAACAAAUGAUGGAGUGUCAUAGAAGAAUACCUUGUAUCAUGUGUUCAUGUCUGUGCAGUAUGUUCUAUAUGUGGUGCAUAUAGACGGUUCUGGAUCAAUGCUGCCAUCCAGAUUACACUACUGGAUAUGACCAUUUCUCAAAUUUCAGUAGCUGUUUGUGUCUUUUAGCCUCUUAGAUUAAUUUUUAUGGGCAUAUCCAUUUAUUAAGAGUGUUAUUUUGUUUCCAAUAACAACCAGGAUCUGUAAGACCAUUUGGUUAAGGCAUUAAUUCAAAUGUUUGUUUUUUUUGUUGUUUAUUUUUCACAUUAUGGUUAUCGAAAUUUGUGUUCUACAUGUCCAACAUUGAGUCUGUUUAAUCAUUAACUUGCCAGUUGAUUAUAAGCAGGGAAAAAAAUAGAGAUUUCGUGCACCGUAAUAUCAAUGUAACUAAUAAACGGUAGGAAGGGAACUGCAGGAUUCCAUCUCACAGCAACACUGCCAUUGUGACUGGGUGUGAAUAUUAAUGAACUACGGGGAUGGAAGAAGCUCACCCCGAUAACGCACAAGACCGGCUCGUGGAGGGCGCCUCGCUCCCAGAAGUCGGUAAUCUGUCCACAGCUUCUGACCUGGAUGGCGUGUGACUGAGAGUUUUCAACGUUUCUUUAUUUGAGUGCAGUUUUAAUGCUCUUUGGUGUGAAAACUGUAUGUUUGUAAGGGAAGGGGGGAGGUGGGUGGUGAAAAAUGUGCCUGUUGUUUUCAGCAGAUGGUUUUUAGCUAGAAAGGCUGACUUUCUAUUUCUAAACUAAAAGUUGAAAUAAAAUAUUAUGAAUUAAGGCCGUGUUUGGUCAUCUCAA